ACUGAUAGCAGUCAACGGUACAGGAAACAGCUCUGCCACUGCUCUCUCGUCGCCUCCCUCUCUUAGCUGAAGCCUGGGUGGAUCGUGUGUGUGUGUGUGUGUGUGUGUGUGUGUGUGUGUGUGUGGCUGGCUCAGCGUUCACCCCUGAAGAGGCCAUUGUAGGAACCCUCCCAUUCACGAAGGCACCCGUCUGGCCACCUCAACAGCCGUCUGGGAAACUUGGGGCCCGGCUACGGAGUUCACCGGCUCUUAUUUAAGAAGGGGGAGAGAGAGGUUUGCGUUUGGUAGCGCCUGUCACGCCCACCGGAUAGCUCAAAGAGCUUUGCAGCCAACGAGGAGACUGACCGCUGGAGUGGCCAAGGUCCGAGCGACUCCCCACACCCCACCCCCCCUCCAUUGCCUCCUGGACGACAGUGGUUUGACCGCUAGCCUCACCCGCUCGGGCGCGGAAUGGCAGAGAUAUCUGGGAAGGAAGAUGAGAAGCCGGAGUUUCUGAAGACUGAGAAGUCAGCGACCAUUGAUGAGAUCAUCGAGGCCUGUAUAAACACCUUCGAUGACUGUGGGAAGCUGAGCAACCAGACUCUCCCUCGCAUGUUCCUGAUGAUGCACCAGUGGUACCUGCCGUCGAGCGAGUUGGUGGGAAAGCUCCUCACAUUAUAUCGUGAUGCUUGCACUUCCAAUUCGAAGAUCAUUCAACUUAAAAUAUGUCAGCUGGUCAGGUUCUGGAUUGCGGAGUUCCCGGCUGAGUUCAACCUGGACAGCGAGUUGGCCGAGCAGAUUAAGGAGCUACAGGAGACAGUGAGCCGGGCAGGAGAUCGGAGGCACAGCAAGCUGGUCGACAUCUCGCAAGUGCCGUCGUUCGAGUGGAAGAGGCAGAUCACCCAGCGCAACCACAUCACCCAGAAGCGGAGGAAGAUGUCCCUCCUCUUCGACCACCUGGGACCGCUGGAGCUGGCCGAACAUCUCACCUACCUGGAGUACAAAUCCUUCUGCCGGAUCCUGUUGCGGGACUACCAAAGCUUUGCGAAGCACGGCUGCACCAAGGACAACCCCAUCCUGGAGAGGUUCAUCAGCCUCUUCAACAGCGUCUCCCAGUGGGUCCAGAUGAUGGUGCUGAGCAUGCACACGCCGCAGCAGAGGGCAGAGGUCAUCACCAAGUUCGUCCACGUCGCUCAGAGGUUGCUGCAGCUCCAGAAUUAUAACACCCUGAUGGCGGUGAUUGGUGGAUUGAGUCACAGCGCAAUAUCCCGGCUGAAGGAGACCUACCAUUAUGUCAGUGCCGAUGUUGUAAAGAUCUCCGACAGCCUGACGGAGCUGGUGACGACCUGCGGCAACUACAGCAACUACCGCAAGUGCUUCGCUGAGAGUUCGGGGUUCCGCUUCCCCAUCCUGGGGGUGCACCUGAAGGACCUGCUGGCCGUCCACCUGGCCCUGCCAGACUGGCUGGAGAAGGGGCGGGUGAACCUGGUGAAGAUGCAGCAGCUCUACUCCAUCCUCAACGAGCUGAUCGAGGUGCAGUCCACCUCCCCGCCCAUCGAGCCCAGCAUGGACCUGGUCAACCUCCUGACGGUCUCUCUGGACCAGUUCCACACGGACGAUGAGAUCUACAAAUUGUCCCUCGCUCGGGAACCUCGCACAUCCAAGUCUGCGCCAUCGAGUCCGACCCCUCCCCAAUCGCCGAUUAUCGAUGAAUGGGCGUCUGCUGUUAAACCCAAAACAGACCCUGAGCUAAUUAAUAAACACAUCCUCAAGAUGGUGGAGUCCGUUUUUAGGAACUUUGAUGUUGACCAGGAUGGUUACAUCUCCCAGAAGGAGUUCAGCAUCAUAUCUUCCAACUUCCCCUACCUGGACAGGUUCAGCGUUUUGGAUGAAAAUAAUGAUGGACAGAUCAGCAGGGACGAGAUGAUAACCUAUUUCAUGCAAGCGAACUCUCUGCUCAACUGCAAGAUGGGAUUCAUCCACAAUUUCACAGAGACUACCUACCUGAAACCCACCUUCUGUGAACACUGCAAGAACUUUAUCUGGGGCCUGUAUAAACAAGGAUACAAGUGUCGAGCCUGUGGGAUCAGUUGCCACAAGCAGUGUAAGAGCCUGUUGGUGAUGGAGUGUCGGAAGCGCACCAAGAGUAUCAGCUUGGACAGCCCAACUCCCACUCUCAGGAGAUCCUUCAGCUUCCCUGUCACACACUCCACUCCCGACUCCGCCAACACAGUGCUAGAGGAAAAGGUUGAGGAUUUGGAAGAUGAAGUUCAAGAUAUCCACCUCUGAACUCCAGCCCACAGCCGGCUCCAAGCACAAAGGUUUUGAUUGGGACCCUCAGACAUCUCCGCUUGAAGCUGGCAUAGACUCCGCCCCUCACUGACUGACACCCAAUGUGCGGGGCGCGGCUCGGGGAGAGGGCAGGGCCAACAUUGACCAUCCGAAGCCCUCCGCUGGUAGACUAGGGUGGUGCCUGGCAUGGAAGAGGCGCGGCUGGCAGUGAUGGUCAGGGGGCACACGCCAUUGGCUACACCAUGGGAUGAACCAGCUUGGCCAUUGCAGCCGCCAUCUUGUCCCCAGAAGCUUGGCACUAAUAAUUUAUUUUUGUAGAUAAUUGUCCUUUGAUCUCCCUGAGUCUGGGGCUUCUCUGAGUUGUCCCCUCUCUUCUCCCCUUCAAAAUUGUUUGGAGGUCCCUUCUUGAGCAGAUGCUGGUAACAAUGCCUUGCAUUUAUAUAGCACCUCUAAUACUGUAAAACGCCCUGAGGGCCAAUUAUAAAACUAAUUUAGAUAACGAGAGGGAGACAUUAGGGACAGGUAAAGCUCGGCUGAAGAGUUUGUUUUUAAGGACUGUCUUAAAGGCGGAGAGAGAGAGAGAGAAAAGCGGGAGAGGUUUAGGGAGGGAAUUCCAGACCUUAAUACCCACCCCCCCACCUCCAGGCAGCUGAAGGCACGGCCGCCAACAGUGGAGCGAUGGGAAUUUGGUGACGUUCGAGAGGCUGGAAUUAGGGGGGCGCUGAGAACUCGGAGCGUUGUGGAGCUGGAGGUGUUUGCAGAGGCUGGGAGAGGGGGUUUGGGGAGUGAGGCCAUGGAGGGACUUGAAAACACAGGUGAGAGGUUUCAAGUCAUGGUGUGGUUUAACCGGGAGCCAGGGUAGGUCAGUGAGUACAGGGGCUGAGGGGGAAGAGGGAUUUAGGGCACAGGAUAGAGGGGGGUGGGUAGCGGUGGGCAACAGAGUUUUGGAUGGGCUUAAGUUUGCAGAGGGUAGAAUGUGGGAGUCCAGCCAGGAGGGUGCUAGAAUAGUUGCCCCAGAGAUGACUUUCCACCCACCUACUCUUACCCUCACUGACACCAUCUACCUCCUCACCCGAUUCCACCCCUACCUCAGCUCACCUGCUGCUGAAUCCCUCAUCCACGACUUAGUUACCUCCAGACUUGAAUAUGCCACCACUUGCCUGGAUGAGUGCAGCCCCCACAACACUCAAGAAGCUCGACACCAUCUAGGA